AAUUGUAGUCAUUUAGUCUCUCCUCCAGAUUAAACAGCAACUCUGUAGCUAAUACCUAGCCUCUAGAUCACAGGCCAUGUCUUCUCCCAAGAAAACUACUACCGCAGGCAUCAGACUACGCUGUAAAUGUCCGAGAAACCGAGAGCCCGGCAUGAGGAAAGCAACCAGGCCAGUGGCAGGCGUCUCCAAAGCCACAGCCGCAGUCACCAAGGCCCAGACCGUUGACAAAGUCAAGCCCGAGGGCGUCACCACCACCAUGGGCACAGCCGGCAAGAUUACAGCCAAGACCUCUGCCACCGCGCCACUGUCUAAGGCGAAGAGCAAUGAUGACCUUCCAUCAGUAACAACAGCAGGCAGUGGAGCCUCUGCUGGGAGCAGCACUAUUCCCAAGGUGAAGAAGACUAGCUCUGUCCACUCUUCAAACUCCUCUACUACAGGUACCAGCAACCCAGAGGGCAAGACAAAGACCAACUCCGGCAAGCGUGGGACCUCCUCCGUGGUGAAGGAGCUUGGUUCAUCCCGGGAGGGACUGCGGGAACGCUCCAGAACUUGCACCACCAGCAGGAAGCUCUCCGGACCCUCCGAUGCCUUGUCACCGCCCAAGAGAGUCCGCUGCCGGACUGUGACUGAAUCUGAGUCCCGUAUGAGCAAGUCCAGGUCGAACGGGCAGCUCAGCGACAAGACUGUCCUGGAGAGCAGGGUGAAGGACCUGCUGGGUCUGGCCGAGAGCAAAGACGUGGAGAUCCUCCACCUGCGCACAGAGCUCCGGGGCAUCCGUGUCCAGCUAGGCCUGCCCGAGGAGGAGGAAGAGGAUGGGGGGAGCAGAGCCAGAGAGGAAGGCGAGGGAGAGGAGACUGCUGAGGUUAAGCCUCCACAGGACCAGUCGAAGGAAGCCCCUACUCCUCUCAUCUCUGCAGACGUGGAAUCCACCCUGCUCUUGCUACAGGACCAGAACCAGGGGAUCCGCGGAGAGCUGAACAUGCUGAAGAGUGAGAACCGCAUGCUGAAGGACCGGCUCAACGCCCUGGGUUUCUCCCUGGAGCAGAGGCUGGACAGCCCCCUAAAGACCCUGCAAGGCCCCUGCCUUAGCUUGGAUCUUCCCCCAGCCCGCAAUGGCAGUUAUGGAGAUGGAGGGUGCCCACGGGCCUCUUUUUUACACGAGGUCUCCCCUCACAGCUCUGCCUGCGGCUCUACUGAAGACCUACUUGACCCCCGGCGAGUCAUCUCCCCUGAGGCGGCCGACAGCGAAUGCAGCGAAGCCUACCAGCCAAUCACCUCCAGCGAUGAUGCCCUGGAUGCCCCCUCUGGUUCUGCCUCUGCCUGCGGCUCCUCCUCCGAGUCAGAGGGCGGGCCACCGAGUCACGGCGAACGCUCCCGUAGAGGCAGUAGUGGCAACACCAGCGAGGUGUCGGUGGCCUGUCUAACGGAGCGCAUUCACCAGAUGGAGGAGAAUCAGCACUGCACCUCUGAGGAGCUCCAGGCCACACUACAGGAGCUGGCUGAUCUGCAGCAGAUCACCCAGGAACUAAGCACAGAGAACGAGCGACUGGGCGAGGAGCGGACCAUCCUGGUGGAUUCCCUGUGCCAGCAGGGCGACCGGCUGGAGCUUUACUACCGGCAGAAGGACUACUUCCGGGGCCUGCUGGAUGAGCACCGCGUGGCGUACGCCCCGGCCGACGAGGAGGACACUAAGAGCGGGCGCUACCUGGAGCUGGAGCGCCGCUACGUGGACCUGACGCAGGGCGCCCACUUCGAGAGGGAGCAGCUGCUGGGGGUGCAGCAGCACCUGAGUGGGGCGCUGAAAAUGGCAGAGCAGGACAACGCCGAGGCCCAGGGCCUCAUCUCAGCGCUGAAGGAACGGGUGCACGUGGCAGAGCGGCAGGCUGAUAUGGAGCGCAGGGAAAGAGCGAUGGCGGCCGCAGAGCUGGAGGCCAUGAGGGAGGCGGCUGGGGGGGAGCAGGCGGAGCUGGCUCGGUGUAGAGUCCAGCUGGAGCAGGAGAGGCUGAGGGUGGCUGAGCUCUACUCCAUCCACAAUGCCGGGGACAAGACGGACAUCCGCCACCUGCUGGAGAGCGAGAGGAGGGACAAGGAGAGGGCAGAGGCUGAGUCUGUUCAGCUGCAGGAGGACCUGGACCACACCCACGACGAGGCCGCCAGGCUACAGGACGGCAUCCGCAAGCUGGAGGAGGACUUCCGUGCGUUCCGUGGCGAGGUGCAGAAGCAGUUGGCUGAGCAGAAGCGGGCCCUGGACCAGCAGUGUUCUGAGCUGGAGGAAAGGGACACAGAGGUCUCUGACAUGAAGGAGACCAUUUUUGAGCUGGAGGACGAGGUGGAGCAACACCGAGCCCUCAAACUCCACGAUAACCUCAUGAUCACAGACCUGGAGAACUCCGUCAAAAAACUACAGGACCAAAAACAUGACAUGGAGCGUGAGACGAAGAUUCUGCAUCGAAAGCUACGGGAGGAGUCUAUGGAGUGGCGUCAGUUCCAGGCCGACCUGCAGACGGCGGUGGUCAUCGCCAACGACAUCAAGUCCGAGGCUCAGGAGGAGAUCGGGGACCUGCGGCGCCGCCUACUGGACACGCAGGAGAAGAACGAGAAGAUGAGCAAAGAGCUGGAGGAGCUCAAGAAGCAGGAUGAGGAGAGGGGCAGGGUGUAUAACUACAUGAAUGCAGUUGAGAGGGACCUAGCUGCCCUGAGGCAGGGCAUGGGUCUCAGCCGACUCUCCUCUACCUCCUCUGAGCCCUCUCCAACCGUUAAGACCCUCAUCAAAAAUUUUGACAACGCCUCCACUGCAGGCCCUGUCCCAACCUCCCCCACAGCAGCCGUGCCAGCAGUUACCACGAUGGUUGCCCGUACACCCCUCAGCCCCAGUCCUCUGAAAACCCCACCUGCUGCUGCUAUCUCUCCCGUACAGAGGCACACUGCGUCGACCCCCAAACCCCUGUCCUCCAUGGUGGAUAAAAGGUCCAGCUUCACAGACCUCAAUAUGCCAGCAGAUCACCUGUUCUGGGCCUCCUCUGGGACCCGCACCCCCUCUGCCCUUCAGAGGGUCCCCAACACGGACUCCUCCUCCAAGACCCUCUCAGUGUCUCGCAGGAGCAGUGAGGAGCUGAAGAGAGACAUGUCUUCCUUAGAGAACACCUCCUCCCCUGCAGCCUCCUCCCCCACCGCCUCAGUCCCCCCCUCCACAAGGGGACGCUUACGGGAGGGGAGAAAAGACGCCCUGUCUGCACUGGCCAGGGAGUACGGGGGAUCCAAGAGGAACGCUCUGCUCAAGUGGUGCCAGAAGAAGACUGAAGGAUACCAGAACAUUGACAUCACCAACUUCAGCAGCAGCUGGAACGACGGGCUGGCCUUCUGUGCUGUUCUCCACACCUACCUGCCUGCCCACAUCCCCUACCUGGAGCUCUCCAGCCAGGACAAGAAGGAGAAUUUCACACUGGCUUUCCAGGCCGCGGAAAGUGUCGGGAUCAAGUCCACGUUGGACAUUGGACAGAUGGUGUACACAGAGAGGCCUGACUGGCAGAGUGUGAUGACCUACGUCACGGCCAUCUACAAGUACUUUGAGACGUGACCCGUCUUCAAGGCUGAACACCUCACACCCCAGACCACAUUUCCAGCCAGGGCUGUCAUCACAACACUGGACGACCUUAGAGCAACAUCGGCUAAUGCUAUCUGCAAAGACUUCUGGGACCCUGAGUUGUACAUUUUAAGAGCUAUUACUUAACUCCAUCCAGUAUGUUCCAUGUGUACGAUGCAGUGUUCCACAAAUUCUUGGCUUGGGACAUGUGGUUUCUCAGCUAGACUGAAACCCUCGAAGACUAUGUUCUGGAUAGACCGGGGCCCUGGGUAUUGGACAAUGUGUUGACCAGGGCCCCCAUCUGUUGUUCAAAUUCCCUUGGAUCAGCGACUUCCUGUAUACUCAAGUCUUUUGACCUCUUGACCCCAGCUCUGCGCUGUAGCCUAUAAUAACACCAUGAUCACCUCCAACACUACACUUCAAGUUUUGGAUUUGGAAUACCUACAGAGAACAGGACUGCGUUUUAUAAAAUUGGUUUGCCCAUUUUGUCCGAGCAAUGACUUUAAUGGCAAGUCUGCCUUAUCUGAUAGAGGGUCCAGCUUAACUGUCACGAUAGGUGUUGUGUAUUGUUUUAGCCUGUUGCUUUGUUGUGAUAUAUAUAUAUAUUCCAAAGAGAUAAUGUACAAGUUUGUCAGAUGAUAUCUUGAACUUCACAAUAAUCAGUGCCAUGUUAGUCUCUUGUUUGUCAUAAUUGGCCAAUACAAUAAGCAUUGACCAAUCAAUCGCAUUGAAGUCGUUCACACCAUUUAGAUUUUGUAAUUUUUUUUUCUCAGUCUAGCAGUCUGUUGUGUCCAAACUCUGCAAAACUGAUGGUUGGCCAUCAUGGCCGGUCUCUGGGUGUAUAGUGAGGUCAGUUGCCCUGUAGCACACCGAUCCAUAAAUAGGCUGAACAACACAAGGAGCUGACCUGAUAAGCUAACAGUUUUGUCAUUACGGUAAAGGCGCCCCUUACUGUUCCACAAAUCCUCACUGGUUUCAAAGCACAACGAGGGGAGGGGAGGCUCUUUACUCAAAUGGAAUGUGUUUAAACCUUCAUCAAUGCCAUGAAAAACACUUUGAAACCUUCAAAGGGUGAUUCCUCAUGAAACCAGGACAAGAAAAUAGACUGAUUUUGGGGGAUUUUCAUGACAUGUGUUGCAUAGAAUGGUCCUUUGGAGGAAUGAUUGUUGACAUACAGGGCCUUUGGAAAGUAUUCAGACCCCUUCACUUCUUCCACAUUUUGGUUACAGCCUAAUUCUAAAAUUGAUAUAAAUAGUUGUUUUGUUCUACACACAAUACUCCAUAAUUACAAUGCAAAAACUGGUUUUGUAGAAAUUUUUGCUCGUUUAUUAAAAAUGAAAACGGAUCACAUUUACAGAAGUAAUCAGACCUUUACUCAGUACUCUGUUGAAGCACCUUUGGUAGCGAUUACAGUCUCGAGUCUUCUUGGGUAUGACGCUACAUGCUUGA